AGAUAGCCUUGAAAUAAUAAAAAUGUGAUCAGUUGUCCGUGGAAAAUGGGUGUCCGUAUCGAAGAGACUACUCUAAUCUUCCUGACUAUAUUCUCACUCAGAACAUCAAGGAGACUAAAUGUAACUUAAACAUUGAGAGUUCCUGCUUGUCCCAUCAUAGCUUCACAGUGACUAAGCAAUCGUCUCCGCCCCAAGUUGGUGCCCACCAAAAUCAGCAGAUUUUGGCGGGAAACCAGCACGUGCAAAGUGUACACUCAUUCAGUCUAGCAGCCGGGGAUGAGUGUGUAAUUUCAUCAAUGAGUCUUUUCCAGGAAGAAUUAAUGGACUUUGGGGGUAGUAAAUAUUUGACUGUUAUGCAGCAAGAUUCAGGAGAUCCCGAGGAUCCCUCUGAUGAAAGUUACCUCACAUACACAAGUCGUAGAUACAACAAGAUUGGAGAAAUUCAGGUUGGAGAGGAACAAGAGUUUGAAGAUAUUGAUCCUUUAGAUCAAGCAAGUGUUGAAACAGGUGUCGAACCUGCCAUUCCUCUGGAUCAAGCAAUCCUCCGCAGUAUUAAUAGUAUUCAGUCAGAAGAUCUCAGACGGAAGAUGCUAGUCAACAUUCUUCUUAUUGGAGGUGGAUCGAAUCUCUCUGGUUUAUCUGAAUACCUUCAGAACAAACUUAACUCCCAGGUGGUCGGUGGUGUGGAGAUACUAAAAGAAACCAAAGAGUGUGGAGUAGGAAAUGUAUAUAUCUUGUAUUAGUGUGGAGUAGGAAAUGUAUAUUCCUUGUAUUAGUGUGGAGUAGGAAAUGUAUAUAUCUUGUAUUAGUGUGAAGUAGGAAAUAUAUAUAUCUUGUAUUAGUGUGGAGUAGGAAAUGUAUAUAUCUUGUAUUAGUGUAGAGUAGGAAAUAUAUAUAUCUUGUAUUAGUAUGGAGUAGGAAAUGUAUAUAUCUUGUAUUAGUGUGGAGUAGGAAAUGUAUAUAUCUUGUAUUAGUGUGGAGUAGGAAAUGUAUAUAACUUGUAUUAGUGUGGAGUAGGAAAUGUAUAUAUCUUGUAUUAGUGUGGAGU